AUGAGUUUCCAACGCUUUCGAUCCUGUAAUAUUUACAGAGAUUCCGGGUACAGCAAUGGCCUGCCAGGAUUGGCCACUGCAUAUGCAGAUCGAAGUUCGAUCUUUUGCAUCACAUCUUCGGCGCCACUGCGGGAUGCAGAAAACAAUUCUCUCCAGGGAAGCAUAGAUCAAGUCGUCGUGGCGAAGCCCUUGACCAAAUUUGCACACCGUAUCACGCACGCCGAGGAUAUUCCCCGUUUAGUUUCUCAUGCAUUUCGAAACUCCGUAGCUGGCCCACCAGGCCCCGUAUUGAUUGACUUUCCGAUCGAUGUGCUGUUCUCUCCUGUUCACCAGUCAAGGAUAUCGUGGGGAUCCAUUUCUUCUCCGAUUCCAUACCCCCCGGGUCCUCAUAAGGAUGCAAUCGAAGAAGCACUUAAUAUCUUAAAGCAACCAACACGCCCUGUGAUCAUUGUUGGGACCGGUGCAAGGUCACAAAAGUGCGCCCCAGAACUGCUCAAGUUCAUCGAAAACACCUAUAUUCCGAUAUUUAAUUCAAAGAAGUACUCGGCCUUCGUUCCUAUUUCACAUCCUUUGAAUGGUGGAAAUGCAACAAAUUUGGCGUUAUUUCGGGCUAUAGGGUACCCUCCGCCAGAUGCAAUUAUCCUUCUUGGAGCAAGAACUGGAAUGUACCUGGCUGGCCGCAGCGGGGCAAUUAUCCCUAAGGAAGGAUGCAAGGUUAUCCAAGUUGAUCUUGACGGCGGUGAAAUUGGUAGAUCAUUGCCUAUUGAUCUUGGGAUCGUCUCCGAUGUUGGCCAGGUUUUGAUUGCAUUGAACGAGGCGUUGUCCAAGUCCGAAAUUCGAGUGCAAAAGGAAUGGGUUAAGGUUGCCACCAGCAUCAAAUCUCUUCAAAGUCGACACGAGCAGGAACCAACGGGAUCAGCCCGGGCCGUCUACAUCCAUUUCACGCUCUUAAGCAGGAGCAUCAUUUGCACCGAUGGUGGUGAAUGCGAACUCUGGGCUUCCCACUGUAUUGCUUUGGCAAGUCCUCACAUAGUCCUCAGGUCAACCGGGUAUCUUGGAUUCCUAGGAAAUGGAUUUGGCUAUGCUUUAGGCUGCGCAAUUGCUGCUCCAGACCGCCAGAUCAUCAAUGUCCAAGGCGAUGGCUCUGCAGGAUUCCACUUCACGGAACUGGACACGUAUGCCAGGUUCCAGCUCAAUAUCAUGACUGUUGUUAUCAAUAAUUACUGUUUGGGGGUGAGCUCAAACGAACAGGAUCUCAUUUAUGGGACAGAAAACCCGGCCCGACCGAUCAGCAGCCUCAGUCCCGCGACCGCCUUCGAAAUUGUUGCAAAGGGGUUGGGAAAUGAGUCCGCCCGGGUCGAUUCAAUCGAUGACAUCCAGAAAACGGUGGAGGAGUUAUCCGCGGUCGAGGGGCCGUCAUGUAUCAACUUGAUUGUCAGCAAUAAGCCGACACAUGCUAGCACUGAACGUAUGGUGGGUAAUACACACAACCCGGAGAUGGUUGUGAUUCCAUACUAUGAUCAUAUUCCUCGGGCAUACUAUAAAUCGAAGUGA